AGAUUGUCUUCAUCCAGAUGUCUACAAUCGCGACAACUUAUUAAAUUAAAAUUAUAAUCUCUCGGCGAGUAUCGAAUAUCAUAUAAACUGGAACCAUCGGUGGUGAAUCAUCCUCUGACCGGAGAAAAAAAAAAAGAAGACCGUCGUUCGAGAUACAGAAAGAAUCGGAGAGCUGCAAUUACUUAACAUACCACAGCGGGGACAAUUUUUUUCUUUCAUCCUCCAUCCUCGAUCAUCACGGACGUUAGGUGAAGAACAGCGUGGUCCUAAUAGGGUGAAAUGUGAUUUUUCUAGUGGAGUACCCCUACCACGUCCGGAUCGCCACUCGCAGAAGAUAUACUUGGCGCGGCUUGGCCUGUCCGCCAAGCGACCGAGCAGUUUUCUGGCGCUGGCUGGCAGAGCAGCUGUUUCCAGACUGGAGGCGGUAUUCUCGCUGGAAGUUCAGUCUCGUUGCGACCGUCGGCGAGGUCGUGUCGUAGCCUGCCGUUUUUGCGGCCGCGCUUUGCCUUCCCGCCACGUGCGCUCCUCUUCCUCUCUCCUCCCCUUCUCUGCCCCAUUCUCAUCUCAUCUCGUCUCGUCUCGUCUCGUCUCGUCAGCCGAUACAUCUCGAAACCGGCUCCCGGUUGGAAACUCUUGGGAUCCGCGGUGAACCACGCGACGUGCACGUCGCCCUGGGAACGGACGGACGCUUCCACGGAGCAAGAGAAAUCGAGGAGGAUUCAGCUUGAUCGAGACGUCACAACAGACCGCCAUGAUAUGACACUGGAUUGAGAGGAAGAGCGUGCAACCGACGACCAACCACCAUGAGGAAGUUACUGCAGUUUUUGGCGGUGAUAUUGUUGGGUGUCAAUGCCAGGCGGACGGACGCCGACGCCCCUGUCGACGACGUUUACGGUGGUCAGCGUCGUGGCUCCCUUCACAAGUCUAAUUACAACAACAACAACAACAAUGGGAACAACAAUUACAAUUCUCAGCUGAACUCGCCCUAUCUCCCGUACCAGCAGCCCAGGGAAAGAAAGCCGAACAUAGUGCUGAUUCUUACGGACGAUCAGGAUGUCGAACUCGGUUCGCUGAACUUCAUGCCACGGACCCUAAGGCGAAUAAGGGACGAGGGGGCCGAGCUAAGACACGCAUACGUGACCACUCCUAUGUGUUGUCCAAGCAGGAGCUCGUUGCUGACCGGCCGUUACGUUCACAAUCACGAGGUCUUUACGAACAACGACAACUGCAGCAGCCCCCAGUGGCAACGAGAUCACGAGCCGCACUCGUUCGCCGCUUACCUGAGCAACGCUGGAUAUCGUACCGGUUACUUCGGCAAGUAUCUGAACAAGUACAACGGAUCGUACAUACCGCCCGGAUGGCGGGAAUGGGGAGGUCUCAUAAUGAAUUCACGGUACUACAACUACAGCGUGAACAUGAACGGGAAGAAGAUAAAGCACGGGUUCGAGUACAGCAAGGACUAUUACCCGGACCUGAUAGCGAACGACAGCGUGACUUUUCUACGCCAAAGUAAACACAAUUUCGCACGGAAGCCGGUGAUGCUGGUCGCGAGCUUCCCGGCGCCCCACGGCCCGGAGGAUUCGGCACCCCAAUUCUCGCAUCUCUUCUUCAACGUCACCACUCACCACACCCCGGCCUACGACUACGCGCCGAAUCCCGACAAGCAAUGGAUACUGCAGGUGACGCAGAAGAUGCAACCAAUUCACAAACAGUUCACGGAUCUGCUGAUGACCAAGAGGCUUCAGACGUUGCAAAGCGUGGACGAUGCCGUGGACAGGAUUUACCAAGAGUUGAAAGAUCUGGGCGAGUUGGACAACACGUACAUCAUCUACACGUCCGACCACGGCUACCAUCUCGGCCAGUUUGGCCUGAUCAAAGGGAAGAGUUUCCCUUUCGAGUUCGACGUGAGAGUGCCGUUCCUGAUAAGGGGGCCCGGCAUCGAACCCGGCACCAUAGUAGACGACAUAGUUUUGAACAUCGACUUGGCGCCGACGUUUCUGGACAUAGCCGGCGUCGAGACGCCCCCGCAGAUGGACGGCCGUUCCUUUAAGAAACUUUUUCAGAACAAACACGGGAGAAGAUCGAAGUUCAAGUGGCCGGAUACAUUCCUGAUCGAAUCUUCCGGGCGUCGAGAGACACCUGAAUCGAUCGCGGAAUCGAAAGCGAGGGAAGCGAGGAAACAGAAUCAAACGGCGUUGGUUAAACAGCAUUCGAACGCGACACCGGAAGAGGAGGAGGACAACACGGCCGAUCCGGACAACACGGAGCACGAAUCGGAGCAUCGAUUCUUCGAGAACGAUACGGGAAGCGAUCAAGAUAUAUCGGAGGACGAGGAUUUCGAGGACUCGAUCAUCGAUGAAUCGAACUCUGAUCCGCAUUUGGACAACAGGGUUCAUCCUGUUCACUCGACCUUCUCCACCAAGCACGAGCGAUUGGCCAUCGAGUGUUCGAGGCCGGAAGUGCAGACGAAUUGCAUCCCGGGGCAGAAAUGGCGUUGCGAGAGGGAUGGGCACAGGUGGAGGAGGCACAAGUGCAAAUACGCGGCGCCUCCUCCGAGAAUGUCGAAGAAAUGCGCCUGCUUCACGCCGAACGGUGUCGUUUACACGAGAUUGGAGUCGAACGAUUACGAUUACGUGCAUCGAUACCCAGGCUUUGGCAGGGACAGAAGACCGACCGACGUUUACGCGGAUGUAGCCAGAUACUUUGCCAGACGAGGUAAAUCACGAGGCAAACGAGAUGUGUCGGGAGCAGGGAGCGAAGAUUCCGGCCGAGAUACAGACGAGAACGAUGAUGAAUAUAAUGACGGUGAGCGGGAUCGGCGAGCCAUCGACGAGGAGGACGACGAGGAUUUCUUCCAGGAAUUGGACAGUCUCGCGGACGAAGUGAGGAAGGAAUACGUGAACUUGAUGUUUAGGGAUAGAUUCGAUAACCAGACGUCGGAGGAUGAGAAACUCGAGUUCGAUAAUUUGAAUGAAUCGGAAUACUCGAUCGACGACUUCGAUCCUAGCUUGGAUAAAGUGGUGAAAGGUCGGUUGAACGUCGAGGACGUGGUGAGAAGGCACAGGAGGAUACGAAGGAGCGUCACGAAGAAGGACACGGUUGAACACGUGACCAAGAUAAUGGAGAGCAUCGAGGAGGAAUUGGACGAUUUAAAGGCGACCCAAGAGCGCCAGUCGGGUGAACCAAGAAGAGCCUUUCCACCGAAAUGUUCUGUCCUUCCCCAAGGAGGAGUAAAUUGUUCCGAAACCGUGUACCAGGAUCCGAACGAAUGGAGAAACUCGAGGCGAGAGAUCGAGCAGCAAAUCAGAGAAAUGAGGAUGCAGUUGGAGACGUUGAAAGAUAUUCGUCGUCACUUGAUGACCAAGCGACCUCACGUUAUGAAAGAUCCGGAGGACGGAUUGAAAAGCACGGAAGAGGCACAUAAACCUUCGCACCAUCAUCCUUCCAAAAACCACGUGAAUCGACAUCACAAGAAACACGAGCACGGGAAUACGAUUAAUCCUGGCGUAACGACCGUUCGUUCGACGACGGUGAAACACGUUGAUCGAACGACGGAUGAGAGGGUUGCGUCCACCAUCGACACCACGGAGAAUAAAUCUAGAUUUAACGUUACAGCCGCGGAGAGUAGCGAUACAGAUACACAGAUCACAACGAGCGAGCCAACUUCCACCGCUUCGUUGUCGUCGACUUUUAAGCCGAAGAAAGCGUCACGUCGUCAAAAGGCGAAAGAGCCGGUAGCUGUUGGCAACAGGACGGAAACGGAGGACGACAAGGUGCAGAGGCGAAGGAAGAUCCACCAUCAUCGAAGGAACAAUACCCUUUUCACGAACAGCGUGCACGACGAGGUGCCGUCGAUUGUAAAUGCGAGCGAGACAAUCGAGACGACUGUAACAGCGCAAACCACGACGUCCAGGUCUCAUCAUCAAACCAGGUACACGACGAUUCCUACGAUGACGACGAUGAAGGAAACCACGAUUCACAGGGAGACUGUCACCGGCUUAGGAGACGUCACGAACGACUUUACCAAGGAAAAUACGGUGGGGGGAACGAACCCGCAAACCAUGUUGUCCACAGGGUCAGAGACGCCGGACAGAGAAACGACGGAGUCGCAAACGACGACACCACCGUUCGCCAGGACGACGACCGGUAUCGAAGGACCACGUUCCAGAACUACGUUCCCGUCGACGGCUGUGACAACGACCACUACGUCCGUGACCGUACCGGUUACAAUUUCUUCCAACAAGAGGUUCCCAAAGAUUCAGAAGAACAGGACCAACAAUCUCGGACCGUCCAGAAUCGACGUUACCAUUUUGGAGUCACCGGAUAGGAGGAGCAGACAAGAAAUAAUAGAUAUAGCGAGUAGUAAUCGCCGAUUACCACCAAUGCUGAACAGCCCUUUGGAGGCGCGUCACAAGUGUUACUGUGAGCCAGAUACAUACUCGAAAAAGGACGAGAAAGAGAUCGCUCGGGAGGAAAGGAGAAGAUUGAAGGAGGAGCGCUUGAAGAAAAAGGAGAGGAAGCUGAGGAAGAAAGCGAAACUGGAGAAGGAGUGUUUAACCGAAAAGAUGAACUGUUUCGAGCACGAUAACGAUCAUUGGCGCACAGCACCGUUGUGGAGUGCGGGCCCAUUCUGUUUUUGCAUGAAUGCCAACAAUAAUACGUACUCGUGCAUCCGCACCAUUAACGCGACACACAAUUUCCUUUACUGCGAGUUCACUACCGGUUUGGUCACUUAUUAUAACCUGAGGAUCGAUCCGUUCGAACAAUGGAACAGGGUUUCGUCUUUGACGUCUUUGGAACGUUCCUAUCUUCACGAUCAAUUGGAACAUUUAAAGGGGUGCAAGGGGACGAGGGAUUGCACGGUUGGGAACGCGAAGGAAGCAUUGCCGCAGCAGCAGCAUCAGAGAUUCAUCGCGAAAAGAAAAUUCGCCAAUACGUUCGAGGAUAUGUUCGUACCGUCGACGUUACAAAUUAUUCGCGAGAGCGAGCUUAGCAGUCCGCCGAACAAGAGACGGAAAAAGUUACAGAACGUUUGGAACAGACGAAGCAGAAGCUGGCAAACUAAUUUUAGGCAUCAUCAAGACACGAUGAAUUAUCGUCGGCACAGACAUCAGUACUGAUUAUCAUGGUUCGUUUGUUUCUUUUCGAACAAAUUGUCGAAGGAUGCGUGAAAGCAUUGCCUUAGAUGUAUAUUAAUUUUGCGAUGCAUUUAAUAAUGUAAUUUAUUUAGUGAUAUUUAAUCGAGGAAAGAUACGUGAUAUUUAAUUGAAAAUGUUCGGAUUCCAUUUAAAAAUUAGAAUCGCGCUUCUAAAACGAUGCGUUUCGCGUUGCAGAAAGAAAUCGUUUGGGAUCGAAGAAACAUGUCGAUUAUCUAAUUAAAUAAAUGAUCUAAAUAGAUAGAUCGAUUAUGGAUCGUCUCGAAAAACUUUUUUCUGCAAUGCUGGCACACUGUGUAUAUUUCUAAUGCUAUAUUUUUCACAAAAUUAAAUCGCGACUGAUCGGACGUGUUUCGCUUAUAUUAAAUGACGUACACGUGUGAUUAACAAUCGGAAACGAUCUUUUUUUUUACUUAAUAGCCGAUAUUUUUUAUAAUAAUUUAUUUACUAUUACUACUACUACUACUACUAUUACUACUACUAUUACUACUACUACUACUCAUCUCUUUAGGUCAUUUUGUAUACAAGAAAGCGAAUAAGAAUUCGAAUGAAACGAUAUACUUGCCUAACGAGAUUUAGAGUAAUUUUAAAAAUCUUCGAUUGUCCGGGAUUAGCGACACGAUACUUCUUUGAGAAGUGAAUAGGUUUAUAAAGAAGAAAGAAUUGUCUAAGGGGAGAGAAGGAUCUGAGGGUUCGUCUCGAUCGCGUCACAACGAGAAAAAAAAAAAAAUUAAACUCGAGUUUGCGAGGUGAAACGAACUGAAACGCACAACGAAAGAACGGAACACAAUAGGGAAAUCAUCCUGCCAAAAAUUUGUUGUCUUUCUCUUGUGAAAUUUUCUAUAUAUCGAUAUACGUUUAUAAAACGUUUGUUCUAUCGAAGCUGCCAUUCAUUCGUUUUAUUUUUUUUUUUUUUUUCCUAUUGCCUUCAUGCAAUAACAUUGCAAAAUAUGAAUUGCGACUGCCACAAAGUAUCUUACAAUCAUUCUAGCCACGCAUCAUUAUCUAGGAUGUUUGAGUAGGGACAGGAAAAAAAAAAAAAAAAAAUAAUAAUAAUAAUAAUUCAAAAAGUAAUCAAAAAGUACACAAUGUUAAGACUGUAUGAGUUAUAAU